GCUUCCCAGCCAUCUUUAAUGGGCACACCUGAUCACGUGCUUGUUCUUUUUUUGGGGUAAAAGAAACAGGUCUCUGGUGGGUAAAAAUACUCGGUAGCACACAAUUUCGAACGUACAUGUACAUGUACCCAACUCAGUCAAUUCAAGCAGUUCACCAUGGCGAAUGGCAGCGAGGCAACCGACAACAUCAGCUUUCACCUUAAUACACUUCCUUCUAUAGGUGCAAGGCAAAGGGAACCUCAAGAGCAAGAUCCACAAAUCCUGUCGACAAGUCCCAAUAAUGCUUCCAUACGACAGCUCCGAUGCGGAGACACUGCAGAGUUCAAACUUACUUAUUGGGUCUUCAAAGGACCGGCGAAGAUUAUCUGGAAAUUCGUGGGUGACAACAAGUGGGGAAACAUGGGCUACUUCAAGGGGAAAUCUUAUAAACGCAACUUCGAAUUUGCGUUCACUAUCUCAAAUGUACAUGCUGGUCACAGUGGGAGAUAUGUCGUGGAGAUUUUCGACAAGAAACGUGCCGAAAUAUUUGGCAGUAACCCAAUAACCAUGGAAUGGAACGUGAAGGUCAUCUGAUGUCGAGGUCAAAACUCUCCACCACUGGUAGUCUACUAGAAUCUGCACGACACAUCUGUUCUUGAUUUCACUCUUACAAAAUCCUCAGACCCACACAUCCACUCCCUUUUCAAAGACUACAGUACUGGCGAUUUAAAAAAAAAAGUAGCAGUUUCAUUUAAAAAAUUACCCAGACAUAGACAGGCGAUACCAAGAACAAUCACUACAACUUUCGAUUAGCCAACAUUCGUAUAAGAAAAGGGUAUUUAAUUGAGAAAAAUUAAUAUUUCCUUGAAUUCGUGUUAAUAAAAAUACAUCCCUUUUAUCCUGAUGUUUUACAAAGAAAAAGUCACAAACCUUUAUGUACUGUUUAUCUUAAUAUUUUUUAACCUGUUCUAAAAGGUAUUCUACUUACACCAAUUUUGAAACAAAACACAAUCCAACCACAUCAGACAUGUCAGAAAAUGUCAAAUAAUUAUUUUGUGCACGUUCACAUAAAGUGCAUGUUUGAUUGCUCAAAUCUAAAUGAACACCAGUGUCAAAGUUGUAUCAAUAUUUUAAAACUAAUUAAUGAAAGAAAUUUAUUGUCCCUUGUAAAUAGUUACAUCCAGAUGUAACUCACACUAUUUACUUAAAUCACAAUAUUUACAAGGGACAAGAAAUUUCUUUCAUUAAUUAGUUGUUAAAUUUGGGAACAACUUUGAGAUUGAUUAAUUUUAACUGAAGUUCCAAUGAGCACACACUCCAACCAAACCAAACCAAACAGAACAAUCGACACAUUUUGUGCCAUUCACUUAAAAGCCCCUUUCCCAUUACUCCAAUCAAAAUAAACACCCUUUGAAAUACAUAGUUAAAUAAGAACUUAAAGGCAACAUUUGGGCUCAAUAAUGUUUUUUUUUGCAUGAUAUCUGAUCCUACUCUUUUGACUCAAGAAAAAAUCUAUCGGAAUAUUUAGAAAGGUUAUUUUGUUCGAAUUCCAAUAAUUUUAAAGGAUAUUUUUUCCCACGAUUGGCAUCUCGUUUCGUUUUAUGAUUUAAGAGUUAAAUCUCAAGGCCAAAUAGUAACAACAGGUUUGCAAUUAUGAUCCGCACUUGUUACCGAAAUUUAUCUGGAUUUUUAAAUCUGGAUCAGUAAAGAGUGCAGAUUUUAAGACAUCUUUGAAUUGCAAUGUUGCGCAUUUCAAAUAAAGUGGUCAUUUACAAAACGUACAUGCGUACAUGAACUCUCA